AGCCACAGAGCUCAAUGUUGAUGACCCAAAGAUUGCAACUACCCUCGGCCAGUGAUGAGGAACUCUCACAGUUCACAGAAUCUGAUGGUGGAAGUGUAGCUGGUAUUGAAGGAAUUCAACCAAUAGAGGAUACACCAUCACAGGUUUCCGAAGCAAGCGAUGAUGAUGGUGACCUGAAGUCUGAUGCACCUGAUUUGGACCAUGAUGAUGGUAACAAUGACACCCUGGUCCAUGGUGAAGAUGAUGAUGUUGAUAGUGUUGAAGGAUAUAUUGAUGGCAACAUCAGAAAUUCUGAUGUUAUCGCUGAUGACAUUGAUUGUAAUAUUGAUGAUGAUUGUGAUGAUCAUGACAAUGAUCAUGGUAUUGAUGAUAAUGGUGAUGAUCAUGGAAUUAUUGAUAAUCAUGAUGAUAAUCACAAUGAUGCAAAAGAGAAUGUUGGUCUUGGUGGUCAUUCUAAACCUUCAUUUGAUGAUGUUCCAAUCAAACCAGGGUUGGGUGGUCAAACAAGAACCUUUGAAGAACUGUUGAAUCAGCAACUGCAGACUGAGCAACGUAGUCCGAAUGAAAACGAACCUGCUCAACCUACUAGGACUAAUGCAGCCGCGAAGAAAACCUUUCUUAGAAAAGGAGAAGGGAUUGCGAGAUUUGGAAUGAAACCAAAGAUAGUCACAAAACAAGGACAAGCGACAAUGAAAGACAAAAACCUCCAGAACCGUGUCUCAGAAGAAAGGGUGCCGGUCACGCGAAAAACUGCAACGGUGAAGGACUAUGCAACAGUUAAUCAGUCUCGAACACCUGCAGUAGGGGCACAAGCGAUUAAACCUAUCAACGUCCAGAAACCUGAAGGUCCUGUCACACGAAGAAGCCUUCGACACGAAUCUGACCAGGAAAAGCAGCCGUUCUCUCCGAAGAAAGUGCAUUUUACCACCAGACCAUCCCAGGGCCCCGGUGUCUAUAUCGACGAUGAUUCAGAGGAGCAUUCGGAAAGCAGCUCCGAAGACGAGGAAUUGGAUGAAGAUAGUGUUAUCGCCAGGGAAGGCGAGGAGGUCAUCCAGGAUUCCUUUCAAGAACAGAUGAAGAAAUUAGAUGAAUUAGAAGUCGUCGAGAAACAAGAGCUAAAUGAAUUUGAGCUUCUUGAAGAAGCUGCGGCAGCCAACUGCUCGCUGUCGUCAAAUUCGUCAACCGUGCUAAGAAUUUUAGGUACAAAGCAGAAGCAAUGGCAAGCCGAUGUAAACAACAACAUGCUCACUGCGCGUCAAAUGUGGACCGUCAAACGGACAGGUGGGCAAUUAGUCGAAGCAAACACUGAUCCUAACCGGACAUUGACUGAAGAGAAAUCAGAUGAUAGUGGGGACGAUACUUUGAAAGAUCCUGAAGUCGUCAGCGUUCGUUCUUCCCUCGCGCUUUCCGACGGCUUCGACGACACGAAAACGUGGGAGGAACACGACAUCCUGGAUGUAAGUGACGUCACUAAUGACGUCAUGCAUGUGCUGAACACGUCAACCCCAGACGAGAAGAGAAGAAGUGCGCAGGCGCACAACAAAGUUUCUGAGAAUACAUCAUCCACUCCCCCAACGUCUGCACUUGUCACGAAAUUGUUCCCUCAGUUAAAAAAUCAGAAUAAGGUUGAAGUUAUCUCGAGACAUCCGCAGGCUCAGCAACUUAAGCCCGCACCACCUGCCACCGAGCAGGUAGUCGGGCUGGACGGGAUUGGUUCAGGUGAAGCGGGCGGUCCUUUGAACCCUGGCUCGAGUUCUGGAAUGAGCGUUGCUGUUCGAGACAAACUUCAGGAGUUGGAAAAAGAGAUCGAGAAAUUUCGAGAAGAGAAUAUCGGCCUUCAUAGAUUGAGAGAGGAGAGAGAACGGGAUCUUCAAGAGUUGCAAAAGGAACGGGCGUUAUUUGAAAGCCACAAAAGAGAGGAACUUGACAGACUUGAAAAGUUCAAGACGGAGGAAGAAAAAAGAUUAAGGCGGGACAAGAAAGUAUUCGAGCAAUACCAGAAGGCCUCGCGAGCGCUGCCGGAUAAGAAAGAGAGGGAAGAAAUCACAGCACUAAAAGAAAAGGUCAACGAGCUUCAGGAGGACUUGAAGUUGCGCGAAUCUCGCUGGUCAGCGGCUGCUACCCGUUACAAAGAUCGCAUCGGUAACCUAGAGAGGGAGAACCGGGAGAUGAGAGAGGAGGUGAAGCUAUUGGAGAAACAAAAUCUGGAUUUCCAACGAAAAGAACAGCAGAAGAGUCGUGAACUUCAUGAACACAAAGCUUUUGAAAAAAAGAAGUUAAAAAUGGUCGAAGAAAUGCCAACCAAGAGGGGUCCGCUAAGUAAUAACCCGCCAGUUAUCCAGCAGGAAAGAGAUCAUAUUCCGGAGGAAACUGGAAAGUCCAACGCCUUGGAUAAACAGAAACAAAAGCUCUUCGAUAACUCGCAGUUCGCAACGAAGGAUAUUUCGCCUUCCGAGGCAAAAACUACGGUUGAACAAGUUGACAUUAAGUCACGAAAAGUUCAGCAAAUCGAUGAAAAUGAAAAGGAAAGCAUCAGUUCAACUUGUGAACCAUCAAAGGAACAUUCGCCACCAACAAAGCAAGUCAGCUCAGCAAAAUGUGUUCGCUUCCAGGACGAUGCGCUUGACGAGAAAGGAGCAGAAAUCUCGUCUAAACAGCUUUCUCAUAGUGAUGGAAAGCGUGAAACAAUCAAUCCCGAUGGCUCACGUGUAGUGACUUUCACGAACGGGACUCGAAAACAGAUCAGUGCCGAUGGCUUGUCUGUUGUCGUGACGUUCUUUAAUGGUGAUAUUAAACAGAUCUUCCCUGACGAGAGGGUGGAAUAUUACUACGCCGAAGUUCAAACGACCCAUACGACGUAUCCUGAUGGACUUGAAGUUCUCCGAUUUCCCAGUAACCAGAUCGAGAAGCAUUAUCCAGACGGAACUAAAGAGAUUAUCUUCCCUGAUCAGACAGUGAAGUAUCUUUAUACCUCUGGCGCCGAGGAAUGCGUAUUCACCGAUGGCACGGUAGAGAGGAUAAGUGUGGAUGGAGAGAGGAUAGUUGAGUUCCCCAAUGGACAGAGGGAGACAUAUACAAAACUGUAUAAGAAACGCGAAUAUCCUGAUGGCACAGUGAAAACAGUCUAUACUGAUGGUCGGCAAGAAACACGUUACGCUUCCGGGAGACUGCGGGUAAAAGAUGGUGAAGGUAGAUUACUAAUUGAUACCGCUGAACAAAAUGCACAGGCGCAACAAAGCAUGACGUCAGGCAGUUUGAAAAACUAGAUUAUUAAAUUAUUUUGUAUAUACAUACAUGUUGAUUCAGGACACACUGUAAACAACGGUAAUAUCCAGCCCUUUGGGCAUGCUUUAAGAGGGAUAUGAGGUGAGGUGCUGGUUGGGAAACAGAGAGUCUAAGUUUCAGACAGUAAUAUUUUUGCACAAAAGAGGAAACAAAUUGUGUAUAUGAAAUAUGAAU